CGCUGCACACUGCACUGCUCCAAAACCCAAAACCCUAGCUCUCUCUCUGUCUCUCUCUCUCUCGCACACCAUGAACUGCUCCAUUUCCGGUGAGGUUCCGGAGGAGCCGGUGGUUUCUAAGAGCUCCGGUCUCCUCUUCGAGAAGCGUUUGAUUGAGAGACAUAUAUCGGAUUAUGGGAAGUGUCCAAUUACCGGAGAACCGCUUACUUUGGAUGACAUUGUACCAAUCAAAACAGGCAAGAUAGUGAAGCCCAGACCUGUGCAGGCAGCUAGCAUCCCUGGCAUGCUUGGAUUGUUCCAAAAUGAAUGGGAUGGGUUGAUGCUAUCUAAUUUUGCAUUGGAGCAACAAUUGCACACAGCAAGGCAAGAGCUAAGUCAUGCUUUAUAUCAGCAUGAUGCUGCUUGUCGGGUGAUUGCUAGACUUAAAAAGGAACGAGAUGAAGCUAGGUCUUUUCUUGCACAGGCAGAAAGGCAGUUCCCUCUUUCUGCACCAAAUGCCACAACAGCAAAUGUCCCUGUCCUGAGCAAUGGGAAAAGAGCUGCUGAGGAUGAGGAGCUGGCACCUGGUGCAAAGAAAAUGCAUCCUGGAAUAUCUUCUAGCAUAAUUUCUGAGCUAACUGACUGUAAUGCUGCUCUUUCCCAGCAGAGGAAAAAGCGUCAGAUUCCUUCAACUUUGGCUACUGUUGAAGCUCUAGAGGCAUAUACCCAAAUAUCUAGCCAUCCCUUUCACAAAACAAACAAACAAGGCAUUAUAUCUCUUGAUAUCCUUUAUUCUAAGGACUUAAUUGCAACUGGAGGUAUUGAUACGAAUGCUGUAAUUUUUGACCGACCAUCAGGACAGAUAUUAUCUACACUUAGUGGUCACUCAAAAAAGGUAACCAGCGUAAAGUUUGUAGAUCAGGGCAAUUCGUUCUUAACUGGUUCAGCAGAUAAGACAGUUCGUUUAUGGCAAGGGUCAGAUGAUGGUAACUAUAACUGCAGGCACAUCUUAAAGGAUCAUACAGCUGAGGUGCAAGCUGUCACUGUCCACGCCACCAAUAAUUACUUUGUGACUGCUUCACUUGAUGGCACUUGGUGCUUUUAUGAACUGUCUUCGGGGACAUGUCUGACUCAGGUUUUGGACUCUUCAGGUUCUUCUGAAGGCUAUACGUCUGCAGCCUUUCAUCCAGAUGGUCUCAUUCUUGGAACGGGCACAACUGAUGCUCUUGUCAAAAUCUGGGAUGUAAAAAGUCAGGCAAAUGUUGCCAAGUUUGAUGGACAUGUAGGGCCAGUGACCGCCAUAUCCUUUUCUGAGAAUGGAUACUUCCUUGCGACUGCAGCUAAUGAUGGUGUAAAGCUUUGGGAUUUACGUAAAUUGAAAAACUUCCGGAACUUUGCUCCAUAUGACUCAGAAACUCCAACAAACUGCGUGGAGUUCGACCAUAGUGGAUCCUACCUUGCAGUUGCUGGCUCUGAUAUUAGGAUUUACCAAGUUGCAAAUGUGAAAUCUGAAUGGAACUGUAUCAAAACUUUUCCUGAUUUAUCUGGAACAGGGAAGGCCACUUGUGUAAAAUUUGGUCCAGAUUCAAAAUACAUGGCGGUGGGGUCAAUGGACAGGAAUCUUCGAAUAUUUGGUAUGCCUGGCGAAGAAAUUCCCACCGAGUCAUAAAGUGCCUGAGUUGCAUAUGCCCAAAGUCUUGGCUCUGGAGUGACAGUUGCUGCCUGUUAUUGAUGCUUGGUCUAAUUUCUUGGAUUGGAAAAGUUAAUGAAAGUUGUGGUUUCCUUGAUUGUUCCGUCUUGGUCCUUAACAUAUCAUGGUGUAUGUGGGAUGGAGCAAAUACACUUUCAGGCUUUCUGCAGCAACAUUGCUGUGCAUUCCCCUUGUCUGCUAACCUAAAUGACACAAAGCUGCAAUAUUUGCCUUGUCAUUAAAACCUGAAGCUUGUAUUGUCAGUAGAUAAUUUUGUAACUUUUUUACUUACUAGUGAGAUAAUUGAAUUUGUCGGCCAUUACUACAAGAAAUUUUUAUUCAUAACUCUGUUUAUUACAUCUUUUG